AUGGAUCGGUUCACACGCACCAAAGAGUACUACCUGCAAGGUAGACAUCGAUGUCGGCAACCAGAAACACCUCCGACCUCUCAAUCUGCGGACUUCGUCUUCGAUUUCGAUUUCAAAGAUUCGAAACUUGACCUCAGCUUUGAUGUCGGAAAUUCUGUCGACCAAAGUGACCGGACGGUGAGGCAUCAGAUCGACCCUAGCGAGAGCAUAGGUGUUGCACUUUCAGAUGGGCCUUACCAGCAGCACGGAGGACUCAACUGUUCACCCGCAAUAGAGGACCGGCGCCACUGUCAAAAACACCGGAACGAACCAAUCUCGUCUAUUCCAGACAUCCCGACUGAAACGCAUAUCAAAUUCUCCUCUCGAUGCGAACAACCCUCAACGAAUCUCCCACUUUGCUCCAUCUACUCAAAAGCAUGGAGAGAGCGCGUGAGACGAACAAUAACGCCGCCACAGCAAACCUUGGACCACGUCUCUGCAGAUCGUGCAGCUCCCUUCUCGGAGGAAACUUCCAGCGAACUGAUUGAGUCGGAAAGCACAGGCCCAAAGAGUGGGAACGAAGCUGACCAGGAGUCGCCGCCACCACCAUCACCACCACCACCACCAUCAUCACCACCAGAGUCGUGCCCCGAGGACGUGCAUGAGGCAAACGAACGGCGGAACCUGCUAGCCGGUAUUCCUUACGAACAUAACACCAAGGAGAAUGGAAAAAGAUUUUCCAAAAUUGGAGAGUGGCUGCUGCGGCCAAAAAGGCGCUGGGACGCGAGAGUCGCUCUUUGUAGCCCCAGCACGAGCGUGGAAACGAUGUCCUCAAGGACACCAACUCCCUCUCCCAGCUCUUCUCAAGAUACAUCAAAUCAGCACCAUCUCCGACAGAAUCUGUGCGUGGUGGAGGCAACUCCCACUCUGUCACUGCAGACCCCCGACGGAACAACGAUCACGGUGCGCACAAUCAUCGCAGACGUGGCUCCCACCGCCAUCGCUCUUCAAGUGUUUUCACUGCUCACAAUGGUGUCGUCGUAUCUCCCGAGAAUGAGGAUCGUCGUGGUGACAUCCGCCAUUCGUCCGCAUCUCGCCCAGUGCGUCACCAGCCUGGUCGACCUGGAACGUCCAGAGACCGAUCUCAAUGGCCCUAUCCUCGGUCGCCUCCACAUCGGGGCCCGAGAUCUCGAAGCCCAGGCCGACGGACACAGCGCGAUGAAGAUGACAGAAGAGGGCAAAGACUCAAGCAAGGAACACGCGGGCCGAGUAAUCGAAGACCUGAGCAUCGCACAAAGGAAGCAGGAGAGCAAAGAGUUCAUGGAAGCCGCAACCCCUCGGGGACUGGGUGAAGGGCGCCAGAAUCCUAUCACGUCUCUUCCUCAGCAGCCGAGCCCUACAAGCCAUUCGACUCAGCAGAGCCACCCUAGCUCCCAUCAGAGUACCGCUUCGAGACCACCAGUGGAGAGUGAAAAACAACCCGAGCAAGGAGACGGCCCACGCCAGGGAGCUUCGCAAGCAGAGCCGUCCCAACCACAACUCGAUCCCAACUUUCCGUAUGGCUCAUCGAUCCGCGUCUUGUUAGGCGAUGGCCGCGUGGUCAGUAUGUCACAGUACAAGACUCUGCAGGAAAAGAGAGCGGGCAAGAAGAAGGCUGCAGCUCCCAGAGGAGAGAGCACGGGAAUCAAGUCCAUGUUCGCAGCACUAUCCUCAAAAAAGAAAACCCAGAAAUCUCCUGCGUCUCUCCAGCGGGCGGUGCUAUCGACGAAAGCGAGUCCGCGGCGAGAAACCUCGACACUCCAGCAACAAGGACCGGGAGACAAAGCUCAAUCCGAGAAGCCAGCGUGGGCACGUUCAAGUGCAGAGGAACCGUUGCACGCAGCUGACCCCGAAUCACAGUCUAGCAGUCCAUUCGGAGCAACUGCUAACGGAAAGCAAGUCGCAAAAAGUCCCAACGUCCAGGCGGGUGAGCACUCGGCAGCUAACACUAUUCCCGGUCCCUCGACUCGGCAGCGGCCAAGUCCAGUUUCAGACCUCUCGACGAGCCGGCAGCAGGGCUCGCCUACGGCAACCGCAUCAAGCCCACAGUCCCUGAGCAGCACCAGUACCAGUGUCAUCCCCGCGGGAAGAACCUCAGACGUCCCCGGUCCGGCAGCAAGCCAGCAGUCAACAACAGCAACCACAGUCCCGGCAGUCUCAUCCGUCGACCCUCCACCACCAUCACUACUUCCACCAUCAUCGGACAAUCAGCGGUCCACAGCCCGUUCGACUCCAGACACAACGACCGCGCAGGAAACGGAGGCGAGGAAAGACGGUGCGAGUUACCCCCUUGCCCAGGUUGAGACACAGGAGGAGGAGGAAGAGCCGACGUGGAGCUUUGCGAACCUCAAGCUUUAG